AGAUUCAAGUUCAGUACAGGUUUAAUUCUCAAAAACAACGCAUCCAAGAUACCUCUGAAAAUAUGUUGUCUAAAUUUUCAGUACGGUUCUUCAAAAAUAAAAGCAGCUCUAUUCCUUGCGAAGUUGGCCAAAACGACUUGAUCGGGACAAUAACGGAAAUGAAUAAGAUCUUUGAAGCUGAUUCAGUCUGGAAAACACGAAGAAGAAUGAUCCUGGAUACGUUGUUUGGGGUAGAAACACUAGAAACGAAGAAUUCCAAAGAAUGUUCGAUUCGAGAAGAUCGCUUUAAUCAUGAUCAAGGACAACCAAUUUUUCCAUAAAAUAGAUUUUUGGAUAACACAAAAAAUUGCACAAGAAUUUCUCAUGGGAAAUUUCUGUCAAAUAUUUUCAGUUGACAAAUAUAAACGUCAAUAUUUUUUUGAGGAUGGAGAAAGAAGUAUGAGUUAAAAGUAGGGAAUAAUAGUUGUAUGGUAUAUAGAGGAUUGAAAUCGCCUUAAAGGAGCUUGAAAACUCCAUUAUAGUGCAAUAAGUAAUGCUUAAUUCGCAUUAAUUAUACUUUAUAAAGGAAAUGGCAGAUUUAAUACGAUUGGGAAGUAGCCAUGGGGCAGUAGUAAAAGAAAAAUUAGGAUCACCUAGCACCGGAAGUGAAGACGGAAACGAUCAUGAUAUUCAAGGAAUACCAAAGCAGGAGACCGACGAGCAGGAUUUAGGUGAUUCAGCACACUAUGCCCCUUCAGAAACUCUUUGGUAUCAUGGCAGACUGGAUAGAUUUCAAGCCGAAGAAAGACUUUGGAAAAGUAACAAGUUGGGGAGUUAUUUGGUCAGAGAAAGUGACAGAAAACCUGGUUCCUAUGUUCUAUCAUAUCUUGGAAGAACUGGAAUGAAUCAUUUCAGAAUUACUGCAGUUUGUGGAGAUUUUUAUAUAGGUGGAAGACAGUUUGCGUCAUUGAACGAUUUAGUUGGAUAUUACACUGAAUGCAGUGAUUUGUUGAAGAGAGAAAGAUUGGUACAUCCUGUUGCUCCUCCUGAACCAGUAAAUGACAAAAAGAGAGUAGUAGCCAUUCUUCCGUAUACAAAAAUGCGUGAUACUGAUGAAUUGACAUUCAAGAAAGGCGAUAUAUUUUUUGUUCAUAAUGACAUGGGAAAUGGCUGGUUAUGGGUUACAGCCCAUCGUACUGGAGAGCAGGGUAUGAUUUUUAUGGAAUUGGUGGAAGAUUUAGAUGACAGUAUAGACCCUAAUACUGUUUUUCCUUGGUUCCACCCUAACUGUACGAAAAAUGAAGCUGUAGACCUUCUUGUUAAAGCCGGACCUGGUAGUUUUCUUGUACGUCCUAGUGAUAAUUCUCCUGGUGAUUAUUCACUUUUUUUUCAUAUCAACAAUCAGAUUCAACGUUUCAGGAUAGAGAAGAAAGGAGUAAGGUAUUUGAUGGGGGGUAGAAUAUUUGAAUGUUUAGAUGCCGUUAUUAACAGAUAUAGAAAAGAACAAAUUGUGGAGGGACACACUUUGCAACAUCCUUUGGUGGUAGAUGGUAGUACUCAAUUGGAUUGGGUAAUAGAUAAUCCCAAAGCUAAGUCAGAAGCUGAAAAAAUUUAUGCCACCUUGAGAGAAUGCAGAGAUCAGGCUGGACUGAAAAAGAUGAGGGGCAUCAAACAUCAGGGUUAUCUUCAUAGAAAGUCUGAUAAAACUUCGAAAAAAUGGAAACUUCUAUAUUUUGUACUUCUAGUAGAGGGAAUAGAUACAUACUUGUAUUUAUAUGAGAACCCUCGAAGGACCAAACCCAAAGGACUUAUUGAUUUGUCAUGUGCUUACCUUUAUCAGGUUCACGAUAGCUUAUGGGAACGUCCACACUGUCUCCAAUUAGUUGAACGGGCCCUACCUUGCUUAUCGACUGUCACUCAUCUAGCAGCUCCGUGCACAUCAGAAUGUCAGGAGUGGAUUAAUGCUUUAAAGCUGAUCUGUGUAACACAACAGAGUAAAGCAACCAGUAAAGUGCCAAGGUUGAGAGAGCUGCGCUGUCUCACACUACAGAUUUUAGAUGCUCAUCGUCUGCCAUUCAAAUUAGUGCCACAACCGUAUAUUACCUUACAGUUCAACAACCAAGUCAGGAUUGCAAAGACUAGGACAAAGUCUGCUCCAGAUCCAGUUUGGGAUGAGGAGUUCAUAUUUGAUGAUGUGCCAUGUGAUGUUGUAUCCUUCACUUUAACAGUGUAUAAUAAGGGCAAAAGAGGCAAGGAUACAGAGGUAGCCGAGCUUCAUGUCAAUCUGGAUUCUCUAGGUAACGGAGAAGAAAGAGAGGAAUGGUAUGCUCUUUCGGGACUCACUCCGAUGGGAGAAUGGGGUUCUUUGAGGUUGAGAACUAGGUAUUUACAUGAUCUAGUCAUGCCAGCGGAGGAGUACAGUCCCCUUCAGCAGCUGUUGUUGGAACCAGGUUUGACAUCUGUCAAAACACUUGCAGAGAUCUGUCAUGCUGAUCGAGCUCCUCUGGCAACAGCCUUACUUAGGGUCUUCAGAGCUGAGGGCAGAGAAACAGAAUUGCUGAUUGAACUCAAUUCAGCUGAAAUUACAAGAGAGAGCGAAACUUCGACCCUCUUCAGGGCAGCUUCUUUAGCUACAACCUUGAUGGACCUUUACAUGAAGUCUGAAUGCGGAGGUUUUCUACAAGCUGCUGUUUUAGAAAUUGUGCUUAGGCUAUUAGAGAGUAAACAGAGUGCAGAACUGAACCCAGCUAAAAUGGAUUCUUUGGAUGAUGCUUGCAAUAAUGCGGAAUUUCUUUUACAAAUCCUAGAUCAAGUCACUCUAAGUAUAUUUAUGUCGUCUGAAGCCUGUCCAAGGUCAGUAAGAUACAUUUGUGGAUCUUUACAACGGAGUGUUUUGGAAAAAUGGCCCGAUGAAAGGUUUGUUAGGACAAGAGUAGUAUCAGGUUUUAUAUUCUUAAGACUCCUCUGCCCUGCACUCUUGAAUCCAAAACAGUUUGGUUUGGUCAGCGAACCACCUAGUCCUUUUGCUACUAGGAGUUUGGUAAUGGUUGCAAAAUGCUUGCAGAAUCUUGCCAAUUUGGUGGAGUUUGGCGGUAAAGAACCUUAUAUGGAGGUCGUAAAUCCAUUCAUUUUGAAAAACAAGGAACGUAUGAUUGUAUUCCUUGAUUCGCUGUCUAUGGUGUCAGAUCCAGGAGAACCAAGAAUUUCAGACAAACCUGAUACUGCCAAAGAACUGGCCACACUACAUCACAUCUGCAUGUCACAUCUUAAUGAAUUGCAGGCUGUAGCCAAAACCAAUUCUAAUAUCAAGACACUUGUCACCGUCACCGAAAUGCUGGCCAAACAUAAACAAAAAUAUCUGGAGAUGAUUCGAUAGUAAUUGUAAGUCUGUACCCAAAUUCUUCUAGUUUUUUUUUUCUCGCAUAUUUGUAUAUCUAUUUAUAUCUCGUCUGUGUGUGUAAAUGCAUAUUUUUAUAUUUUCUAUCGUUAACUUUUUUAUGCAAUCAGUUGUGGAUAUCGGAGAUCAUUAUUUCAUUCAGAAACCUGAAAGAAGCCGUCAGGUGGUUAGAUUGUCAAGGCUGCCGCCAGGCAUUUUGGCGCCUCGUCAAAAUAAAAUUUCGCUGCCCUACUUUGCCUAAUUUAUCCGAAUUUUCAUUAUGCAUCUCAGGCACCCAUUCAAUUUUAUAUGGAAUCGUAUUUUUGAACUUAAAAUAACCUUGUCAAAGGACGUUCUGUGGAUUUCAUAAUAUAUGGCACUGAAUCGUUUAAUAGUGCACAAUAGUACAUGCUUUAUAGUAAAAAGACGACGGAGGUGCAUUUUAGUACCUAUUUGUAUUUGAGAGCGCCUAUUUGAUUUCAAUAAAAUUGGCGCUUGGCAAGAGUGGUAUUUCUACAAAAAAGACCUUUCAACUCUUUUUCCACACGCAUAUUUAAAUCAAAGAGUCACUUUUUCAAGAAAUGGACUUGAUUCAAAUCGAAAUGGCCUUCGUUGACAGUAUGUUCUAAUUUAUUGCGUUUCCAUAGAAACGACUCAAAAGCCGAAUUUGAUUGGUCUAUCAAGCGAGGUGUGGGCGAAGUGCCGUGAGAAAUAAUAUUUCCCACAGCUUGAGCAAUACAUAGUUUUGAAAUUGAGUAAGCUAUGAAGAAUACGCUACUUUUCAUAGCAGUUGUAGGAAAAUAACUAUUAAGACAUGAGGAAUUACGUCUGUCAAUUCAUUUUAAGCACUUUUUAGAAAAAAUGUUGUUCCUAACUCUUGCUGAAAGUGUCUUUCCGCUCUCAAUUGCUUUGCAUCGUUCGGUAAACGGCAGUUUCGUGCGGGAAAGUACCACUUUCCGCACUUGUUAGGAAAACAAUUUUGUGUCAAAAAGUAUGUUUUUUAUAAACUGGCUUUGCACCCCUAAUGUUCGGCGCCACGGAAAAAUUUUUUUUGCCGGACCUGACGGCGGCCCUGAUUAUUGCCAUCUACUAUAUAAUGUCAAAACUUUGGAGUUAUAAGGUUAAACAUCUGAGUUUCAAGUUUAGCUAUAUUUUGUUUGCAAUAUGACACAGCUGAGGGGAUAAAAAGUUAGCUGCUUCUUAUGAUUUUUUCAUUUGUAUCAUUAAACUUAUCAAUGUCGAUAAAAUAAAUAUUGAUAACAUUAUAUAAAUUUAAAUUUUAUACUUUAAUAUGAAGAAAUUAAUAGCCUUCCAUCGAAUGGUAGUAUACUGCUUUUCGUUUAAAGACUGUUCUGGAGAAUAUUCUAAGUCACAAUUCAUGUGUAGAGUAGAAAUUUCAUUGUAUAUAUUACUAAUUCUCAUUGAAUGAAUGGUGGGUGCAUCCACAAAAAAGCUAUUCAGGAAAUUAAAAGAAAAAUAAUAUGUUCAGAGAAUCUGGAACUCUAUAUAUCAGUAGUGUCCUUAUUUCAGUCUACUGGCCCAUAAUUUAAGCCUUAUAAUUGAAUUUUGGAUUUGAAGUAUCAUGAUUUUUUCUGUUAGAAAUAGAAAACACACUCUGAGUACUUUUAAAUAAUUUUUAUUAUCGUGAAGCUCUUAUCACAGAAAAAUUAAAGAACAUGUUACAUCUUGAGAUAACCAUCAAAAACGAGACCUUCACAAUUAACAUUUAUCACAGAAAGAAGUUACAGGUAUCGUCAGUGACACUAGAAUUAUACAGCUUUACCAAUCUCACAGAAAAUCUUGGAAAGUAUAUGAACCAAUCUAAAUUCAACAUAAUUAGUAGGUACCAAACUCACAUGCUAUUUGUUACUUUCUCUGCUCAAAUUCUGAUUUCGAGAGAUUGGUGAAGGUGUAAUUUGUGGUAGACCACCAAAUAUCUGAUAUAAUAGUUUUCACAAAGUAGCCACAUGUGGAUGUGCACAUUUUCAAUGCAGUUGAGUAUCUUAUGAGCUUUUAGAAAUAGAAACAUUUUGAAAUCUGUUUAUAAAGAUAGAAAGAACAGAAUUGAAAUUGUUUCUAUGAGGAUAAAGUCUAAUUGUCAAUUGAGUGACUAAAAAUUAGAUGAAACAGAUUAAUAGAUUAGUUGAAGAAAAAGGUAGAAUGAUGUAUAGAAAAAAAUAUUGAAAGGGUUUAUGUUUUCUGAAACAGUGUUGAAAAAUAUUGGAAAGUAUUUCACUGGAAAUAUUCUCUACAUUGUUACUUUCAUCUUCAGUUAUUUUAAUUCUUGGCGGAGAUUACAAUAUACAGAUGGUCCAAAAUUAACUUAAUUGGAGGUUUUUGUCUAUUUUUGUUGGGAUAACCUGAAUGCAUUUUAUCUCAAAUCUACAAGCUCAAUAGAGCAUAUUAUUCCAUAACAAAUUCCAAUAUUUAUCAUCACUUUUGGAGAAAUAUGCUUCAAAAUAUUGGUUCUGUGAUCUAAUGAUGUUUCUUGAAUUGAAAUAAUUUCUUUUAAUAUAUAUUGUAACUGCAAUUUACUAGGUCUCAGCUCAUUCACUAAUUUUUAUAUCCAACAAAGAUUCAUUCAUCAAUUAAUUUUUAUGAUUCCUAUAUUGCAUCACAAACUUUUCUAGUCUGUAUUCGAAAAUUCAUUAGUAAUAUGAUAAUUUGAGAAAAAGAACAUGUUUGGACAAUUUUCCAAGUCAUUCUUGUUUUGUUGUCUGUUAGAACUGAUUCAGGAUGGUGUGUACCAUUAAUGUUAAAACGUAUUAUUAUAUGAAUGAGAAUCAAUAAUAAUUUUAUACUUAUUGAUCAUCAAUGUAUACUAUUCUUUAUAAAUAUUUCUAUGUACUUUUAUAUUGAUAAAGUCAUUAUAUUAGAUUUA